AUGGCCAUGAUGGACCCAAGCGCUUGGAAUGGACAAGACCAGCCCAUGUCCUCGGCUGGCGAAGAUGACUUUCAACAAUUUCUUGAGAUGGGAGGCAUGUCUAAUUUGGAAGACGGGUUGCAAUUUGAUUUCCAUGACUUCAACGGUGUUAAUGGCGCCUCGAUGAUGCACCAGCCUCAUGGCGAUUCUAUUGAUACUCCGAUGAGUAACUCGAAUGUACCAACGAUUAUUUCGAGAAAUGAUAUGGGGCCGCAGAGCCAGAUGUCCCCCAUGACAUCUGCUCCGAGUCACCCAGGAAUUCCAACCCAAAUGAUGCCUCCGCACCACACAUCCUCUGAUGCCAUCUCCGAGAUAGAUGCGCAGAUACAGUUCCUGCAACAGCAGAGGCUACAGCAACAAAGGAGACAACUAGAGGAACAGCAGAGGCAGUUUCGGGAACAGCAAGCUGCGUUCUAUGCCCAGCAGCAGAGAAACAUGGUACCGCCCACCCCGCAAAGCCUUGAGAUACAGGCAGCAAACCAAUUUUUUGCUUCGCAAGACCAAGCGCACUCUUCGGGCAUGUUCGAUGGAUAUCAUCAACAUCUAAAGGAGCCACAAGAUAUGGCUUUCACCCCGCUAGUAUCUCCUGCGGUAACGCCCCUUGAGCCUCACUUUCCAGUUGACCCUGGAUUUUCUCAGUCAGGACCCUACUUCAGCCCUUUGACCUCUCCUGCGCUACAUGCGCAGAAUGAUUCUGCGUCAACAUUUGACCAUAGGCACUCGGGGCAUACCACGAACUCCCCCAUCGAAAUGGAUAUAGACCCGUCUCUAGCGCAAAGCAGCACAGCAAGUUUAUCGAAGAAGGUACGCAAAAGCAAUGCCACCAAGGCGAGAAAGUCGAACGUCCGACAAUCUCCGAUCACAAAACCUCAAAGACGGAAAACGGGUUCGACUCCCAUAAUCAAUGCUCAGGUUCUUAGUGAAUUAGCCGAAUCUGCAGCCGAGAGCUCAGAACACCCCCCGCAACCCAAGUCAGUCUCGGCAGUGUCGACGGAGGAAUCGGAGAAUGCCUCAGUAUCUCCGGAAGCUCUUGAGAUGCCCCCUCCGCCGCUUCCUCUACCACGUUCCGCCAGGCAAUCUCCGUAUAUUCAGCCGCAGACUAACGGAAGCACGGCGCCUUCGGUGUUGCCUACCUCCUUGGGUGGGAAGCCAUCGCCCGCAACUCCGGCUUCACUUUUUAGAAUAUCACCGAAGAGCAAGUCGGCCGAUCCGAAUAAUCCCGAGCACGGCGGUUCCGAACAUAUAGAAAGCUUCGAACUUCCUGAAUCAAUUAACUUCUCCAAGCCCGACUUGCCUUUAAUCGAUACUCAACAACCGGUAGAUCUGUCUUCCGAAGUAGAGACGGCAAAGACGUCCACAUUUCAGUCUCUUCCAUCCCCGGUUUUUCCUAAGCCAACACGCUCGGCAACGGCAUCGGCAACGCAGAGUCCUCAGAUUACUCCUAAAUCUACCACUCCCAACCCUAGAAAGACUCCGUUGAUAGCUCCGAGAGGUCCUAAGAAGAGGCCUAGCAUUAGUUCUGUUUCACCAGCUCUACGGCCGAAAAUAUCCCCGAGUAUCAAGCCGCUGCUCCCGGGGACACCUGGCUUGUCUGCAGAAGAUUCCGCAUCGAGGCUACUAGCAUCCAAAUCGAAUUACCAGAACAUAUUGGAAGGGAAUACCGUCCCAGGAGUUUCGUAUCCAAGCGAGCUAUCCACAAAUCUAACUUCGAAGCGGACUUCGCACAAAAUUGCAGAACAGGGGCGUCGAAACCGUAUCAACUCUGCACUCCAAGAAAUUGCAACUUUACUACCAACAAAUGUUGCAAGAGAGUUAAGUGAAGGUGAUGGCGAGUCUGGGAGCGGGGACAAGAAGGACGGCAAGCAAUCCAGCGCGCCGAAUAGUAAGGCUAGCACGGUAGAGUUGGCAAUCAUAUACAUCAAACAAUUACAAGAAGAAAUAGCCGAGGCGAAUAGGAGAGCAGACGAAGCCGAGAAGAAACUUGAGGAGAAAGUGACGGCAAGUUGA